AGAAACGAAAAAAAAAAUGGAUUUCUCAACAACAGUGUCAAGCGAUUACCAAUGGCCCUUUCCAAAGCCCAUCAUAGGAAAACCAUGUGAGCCGCCAUCUCCGGACUCAGCGCCGCCGGCGAGGCCGGCGCCCGUGGCCCCGUACUGCCACUGCGACGCCCACUCCUACUCCCCGAGAGUGCAGCAGUACCAGCAACUAUUGGAAAAGGAGAAGAAGCUGUGUGAGGACUAUGAGCAGCUGCGGAGACAGAUGGUAGACGUUACAAAUGAUAUUUUGGACCAUCCAUGCGACGAUUUGGACAGCAAAAUGACAACAAUGUAUAAAUCAACAUACCAAAAAAGAUCAUUCCCAGUAACCGAAUACAGAGCUAUAAUGGCCGCCUCGCAGUCACCCGCCCCGAUCCCAAUGGAGAGCAACCGUCUCGGAGUCCUACGCUGCUACAAAGACCCAACCCACUUCUCAGAACCCCCGCCGAUUGUCCGACCAACAAUCGAACCACCCAGAGAAGUCCACACGGGAGUUUCACCCCAGUCCUUCCAAUUGUAUAACGCGGACUUCCCAGGGAGGACAGAGUACCAGGAUACUUAUAGCGCCUCUGCUAAGGCUUGCUGGAGAUCUAUGCAGAGGUAUAAAGAGCCCAUACCGUCCACGAGGAGACGGGCGGAUGAUUCGUGCGUGUAGUUUUUCUUAAAGCAAUAAAUCUAAGGGAAGAC